AUGGAGAUUUCGGUGGGGAUUAAACUGGAAAGCUUCGGCGUUCUGUGUGAUGAACUGUUGGGUGAAUGGUUGAAACUCAAAUUCUUCCGGGAAAAAUGGCCUCGUAAUAGUGUUGCUAACUUAGAGACCCGAGAUAGCUCAGUGGUUAAGGCGCCUGCAUACGGACUGCGAGGUCCGUGGCUUCGGCACUCUGGUAGUAUCCCAGUCCUCGUUCCUCCUUCAGUUGACACGGCAGCUAGGCACCGAAAGGUGCUCCGACCAAUAAACAGGCGUCUGUCUGGCGUAUUCGGAGUUGUGCACAAGAAUAUCACGCGCAAGCUAAGCAUUAACGCACAGCCUUUAGUUGACACAACACAACACAUUGGUUCCAGCUGCUACACUCUCAAUCAUCGGAAACCGGGAGAUGGCUGGCGGUACGGCCAAAACUUGGAGACGAUUCGACAAAGUUUACUGGUUAGUGUUUAUGUACUUCGUUGCCAGGUUAUAAAUUUCCCACCCCUAGGUCGCUUCUACUCAGCACAGGGCUGGACGAAAAGACCUCUGCGAGGCAGGCGACCUCCUGGUAUGCGAAAAGACCGCAAUAUCGUCUGCGAACGUCCCGUGAGCAUUACGACUCCCGAGGUUUCAGAGGCAGUCGGAGAAAUUUCAAGCAGCAUAUCAAUAACAAAGUUGAGCAAGAAAGGUGAGAGGACAGCCUUGUCCUACACAACUGGACGUGGUGAACUCAGGCGAGAGCUGGCCGUGUACCCGUACGCGCCCACAAGAGUUCGCACACGGUGCCCUCAUAAGGCGUAUAAAUUUGGAAGAGGCACCUUUGAUUGCCAGACACCGCCAAAGUUUCUGACGAUCGACAACAUCGAAAGCGGCUUUCAGGUAAAGAAGAACGAUCAACGUGGUAUUAUGGUCGUCAGAAUGUUCGCCAGGAUCUCGCCACCUUCUUUGAAGAGCGCGGAGUGUAGACCAACAGGGCCAGGUUUCUUGUCGCGCUUCAGGAUUGAUAUCUCAUGGUGGCUUGGGCAACCUGGCAGUAUCCCAGCCCUCGUGCAACCUUCGGGUGGUAUGGCAGCUAGGCAACGAAAGGAUGCUACAGCUGAACAAGAAGCUUGA